GCAUCUUUCACCGCACCGCUCGCUCUUCACUGUGUUGCGAUCGCUAAGAGUCUCUUAAAAUGUCUUGGUCUUCUUCUGUCUAUCCUCCCCCUCCUCCUCCUCCUCCUCCGCGUCAUUCUCGUUCUCGUUCUCCUUAUCGAGGCUCUUAUCCUCCACGUGGCCACUCGGACUCAUACCCGCCAGCAGACCCGUACCGUCCGGAGUGGGACGCGUAUGACAGAGACAGAUGGGCUUAUGACCGCGAGAAGCCGGCGUAUGAUUAUGGGCGGAGAGGGAGGAGUCGAAGUCCCCCAGCCGAAGAAGCCGGUCGGAAGAGACGCCGCUCUGCUUCACCGUUUGAGAAGGAGCGGUUCGAUCCGCGCCCGAGGUACGCAGAUGACUACGACGCCCAUUCUCGGUCGUAUGGCGGGUAUUCCCCGCGCCGGGGUGCAUAUCCACAACCCGGUCGCCGACCGCCGGCGGAUCCGUACACGCUUGACUACCCCGCGACUUUGAAGGUGUAUGCCGAGUGGUUCCGCUAUUACUACCCACAACAGGCCAUCGACGAGGACAAUGCCGACAAAGCAGCUGAACAAGAAGCGGGAGAUGGGUCGCGGCCACGUAACGGCAUCAGAACGCGAUGGGAAAAGUACAAGAAGGAUUUCGCCGCGUCGCAGCUUCAAACAAUGUUUGACCACCAUCGAAAGUCGCCUUGGUUCGCGGAGAAGUAUGAUCCUUCUCCCGAAUUUGUUACACUGCGAAAGCGAGUGAGGAAAGAUGGGUGGAGGGGUCGGUUAAACGCUUUCAUCGACGAUCUAGAGGCUGGCAAAUUCGAUCCAGACGUCAACCAGGCUGCAUCAGAGCCCGCGUCGUUCACAAAGGAGGAUGGAGAUACGACAUUCGAAGACGCAGAUGCAGACGGUGUUGCUCCUACAGACGAGAAAGCUGUUGAGAAUGCAGUAUUAGAUGGUGACGAUGAGGGUGGUGACAACGAAGGUGGAAAAGUUGAAACUAACGGAAAGGGGUUUUUGGAUGCGAAGCGUAAUAACCGUGGCGAGGAGAUGUCAGUUUUGCCAGAGGGCAAUCAGGUUAUGAUUCGGACCAUUCCGCCAGACAUCGGUCGGGUCAAGCUCGAGGCAGCUCUUGAGAACAUUCCAGGUUAUGUCUACCUUGCUCUAGGAGAUCCUCUUCAGAAGAGAAACUACUACCGUGCCGGGUGGUUGAAGUUUCGCGACGAUGCCGAUAUGCCUGCCGCGAUGUCAGAUCUGAACGAGAAGAAGAUCGAAGGAUUCAAACUCCAUGUCAUGCACAACACUGAGCCUUUCAGGAACCGCAUUCGGUAUGCCCCUGAGGUGGCGAGUAGACCUGAGAGACUUGAGAAAGAUCUUGAGAAGGCCAAAGCAAUCGCUUCUCUCCUAGAAUCGGAAUAUUUGGACCUGCGGAGGAUGAAAUUUCCCCGCCGGGUAGAACAGAUCGGUACAGGCGAAGAGGAUGCCAAUGGGAACGUGGAACAAGACGUUACAAUGGCUGAGACUGAAGUAAUCGAUGAUGCUACAGACGAUCCUGAGCCCAUCGAGAAGGGUACAGAUGCUAUCGAACGCAGAAUUGAGAAGCUUGUUGCAGAGCUGAGAGAGUCAGGCUCGCAGGAGUUUGGUGACGAAAAGGAGGUGAGUCUGAAAAAGACAGAGCUGUCGCUUGACCUGUAUUUGGCAUAUCUUCGUUCAGCGUUUCACACAUGCUAUUACUGCGCAGUCAUAACCGAUCAUCUUGAGGAACUGCAGCGCAAGUGUAUAAUGCAUGUAAGAAAGCCAUUAUCGAAGGCGCUAAAGGAUGAGAUCAAGGCAGCAGAAGCCGACAAAGCCGCCAAAGACGAGGAGCAAGAGGUGGACAAGGAGAAAGAAAAAGACAAUCCUACCAAACCCGCGGAUGGGAGAGAUUGGAAACGGAAUGACGAACGAUGGCUGGAAUGGCUAGACUCGAAGAUAGCCCUCCUCAUCGACCGAGACGGCGUUGAUCCUCGUCAGUAUGGUGGCAAGAGCUAUGAUGAGGAGCUGUCGAAAGCUGUAGAGCCCUUCGUCAAGCAGGAGGACGAGGGUAAGUUCCGCUGUAAGACGUGUCAGAAGCUCUUCAAGGCUACUUCGUUUGUCGAAAAACAUAUUGCGAACAAACACGGGGAGCUGGUGAAGCAUUUGGACGACAUCCCUUAUUUCAACAACUUCGCUCUCGAUCCGCACCAUAUCCAACCAUUUUCACAUCCACCUGCCGCAACUGGCAAUAAUCAAGCGCCACCUCCCCAGGCCUAUGGCCUUCCAGGGCCCGUGACUUAUCCCCCUCCCGGCGACUACGGUCGUGGUGGUCCAUAUCAUCCAGCAUACGCUGAACGCCAUGGCUUUCCGCAGGCGCCGCCUGCCCUCUAUCCUGGUACUGUCUACUGGGACCCGUACACGUACCCUUACACUCCUGGUACAUACCCUCCUGCUCGUCGAGAUGAAGGACUCGGUGCCAAACGGUUGAGCGAUCGCAUCAGCGGAUAUGCGAUCGGAUAUGAUCCUUCCUCAGAGCCUACCAAUGUACCAGCAUCUGCUGGUUUGCCCCCUAAGCCGGCAGCUGCGGCACUCGAGGCUGUGCCUAUGGAAGAGAAUCGCGGCCGGAGAGGCGGACGUAGGGGUGGCAGAGGAGGCGACGCGAGCGGUCCGCCCCCGCCCCCGCCGCCGGAUGCGAAGGAAGAUCCCAGAGCGGCAGCUGGAAAGAAAGUCAGCUACCACGACAUGGACCUUGUCGCCGAGGGCGACGUGGAGUUGCAGUAUUGACCUAUCAUGGCGUCGUCGUCUGAUUCAACGUGUAAUUUUUUGCUCAGCAUUAUUUUGGACAAGCGUACGACUGUUUUAUUUGGUGUCCAGGCUGCGAAGUGGUCCGGUGUGCUUCCGGUGUUGAUGUCGGCGUUAGCUGAUAGUUGUAUAUAGUCAAAACCGCCAGUCCUGCUUUUUAUCUGUUUAAAUGAUGAUCGUUGCGCUUAGAAUUGAUCUCGCGGUAGGUAACGUUCAGAUCUCUAUCAGUAGGCGUCGCAGGAAGAGAGUCGUUGCUGGGUGCACGCUGGGAUGUGGCGCAACGACCUUUCCUUAUCAGAUUGCAUUCGCACAGGGGUAACGAUAGGCACAGAAUAGAUUGAAGUUUGUUUGGCCU